AUGACUUCGGCAGACGAUUUCCGACUGAUUAGGUUGAUUGCUGUCACCUUUAAGGAGGCUGCAUUGGACUCCCCUAGUUUCCGAGCCUCAAUCAAUCAUAUGGAUGAUCAAAUUGAUAACAUUGAGAAAUGGAUUAUAGCAUUAUCUAGUUCCGUUAAGAAGUUUCCGAAAUACUUAGAAGAAUUGCAGUCAUUUUCGAAUUCAUUAUUAGAGCACCUAGUACCUCCAUUUAUCCAAGAUGGCUUGAUAGAUCAGGAAUAUACUGUUCAAUCGCUAACUACAACCGGGGAUGGAUUGAAAAGACUUUGGGGUACGAGCCUUGCAGCGAUGAAUGUAAACUCAUAUGCAAUCGAUAGAUUACAUUCCCGGGUCAUCAGGGAUAUUAAUCACUUCAGAGAGCUGCGUACUCGUUUUGAGAUGGCUCAAAAUAAAUACGAUAAAUACUUGGAAAUAUAUCUUGCAUCGUCGAAAACUAAAAAUCCAACUAUAGUAAUGGAGGAUGUGGCUCAAUUAUUUCAAGUAAGAAGAGAUUAUAUACAUGAGAGUCUUGAAGUGGUGAUCCAAUUAACGAAAUUAGGAAAUCUUUUGGAUAAACUAUUAGUUAGGUUUAGUACAGACUUUUGGAAAAACAAGAAAGAGCUAUUUACAAAUUGGGUUGAUACAGCGUACAAAGAAGAAUGGGAAAAAAUUCUGAAAAUACAAAAUUGGAGUGACUGUUAUGCAUCUGCAAUUGGUAAGAUAAAUAAGGAUUUGCACCAAGCGAGACACCAGGUCGAACAAAGUUCGUCCAACCAAUACCAACCCUCUACGAAUGCAGAUGACUAUAAUGUUUCUUUAAUUAAUGCUAAAUCUCUAUUAGACAGUGAAGAAAUAGCGUGCGAGAAACAUGGAUAUCUUUUUAUGAAGACUUAUGUUGAAAAAUCAGGCAAACCGAUUUGGGUUAGGAGAUGGGGAUUUAUCAAGAACGGGGUUUUUGGAUUGUUAAUGUUGAGUCCGUCAAAAAAAUUUGUUCAGGAAUCAGAUAAAAUUGGUAUUCUUCUAUGCAAAAUCCAAUAUUCACCAAAUGAAGACAGGAGGUUUUGCUUUGAAAUAAAGACCGUUGAUGUAACGAUUCUUUUUCAAGCCGAAACGUUAAAAGAAUUAAAGUCGUGGUUAAGCGUGUUCGAGAACGAGAGGUCAAGAGUCUCUAAUUCUCAAGAUACAGGGUUACUCAAUAUUGCAUCCGGGAGAUAUCCACCGAUAUUAAUGGAAUUUGCAUCAACUGCGAAUACAUCGAUGGAUCGAGAAUUGACCAAUACUAAAAUUAUUAAUUCGGUAGGACAAAUCAUUACUUCAAGUAAGUUGUCAAGCCACAUUGAAAAAAACGAGGUAUUCUUUAGAAAUCAUAUUUAUUAUCAAAUUCCUCAAAUCAGACCUCCAUUUAUCACUGACACUACUAGAUCGUCAAUUAUAGGAUAUAGUAUUGCAGAUGCAACAUCUUUACCAACGGCUCUCACGGCUAAUAUCUGGGGAUCAGUUAAUUGGGGAUUGUACUAUUUAAAUGAUUACUCAGAUGCAAAUCUUUCAGAAAUGGAUAAACAGAGGGAUAUUCGGUUGGCAUCAGAUGCCGAUAGUUUUGAAUCUGGUAUUCAUUAUCCACAUGACUAUCCUGACGAUUUAGUACUGUUGGAUAUACAAAUGAGAGCUCUUUUCGAGGUAGCAGUAGAACCAGGUGAAAUCUGCUUGGUAUCGUUUAGAUGUAUUUGCUCACCAAAUUCUAAACAAGAUUUAAGCGGAAGGUGUUUUAUCACUAAAAAUCAUGUUUAUUUUUAUAUCCAAGAAAGCGGAUUUAUUUCAUUGUUUAAAAGACAUAUAGGGUCCUUAGUUUCUGUUGAGUGCUCUCACCGGAAAAACAAUGACUUACUCAAAAUGUAUAAUGUUAGAGGUGUUAUUACAAUGAAGUUGUUUUUGGACGAUGGUAACUUGAUCAAACAAAAAAUAAUGCACAUUGUAAACAAUAGAAUAAGUGAUAAUCCGAAGUGCAACGAUGAGCUUGUUACUGAAAUAGUUGAAAUUGAUGCUCAAUAUUAUAAAGCAAUGACUGAUGCACGGAAAAAGGUAUCAAAUAAUAAAGAGCCAGAUAUCAUUCCUUCAGUUAUUGCGAAUAAUGUUGGCAAUCGCCCAUUGCAAUUUAAGAUUAAUUAUAGAGACGAGUCAUAUCUGAUGCUUGAAAGAACGUAUAAUUUACCGCCAAAGGCAAUAUUCCAUGCAUUACUAGGUGAUAAUUCUAUUAUUUUAGAUGGAAAAAGUGCCUUCACCAGUUUGGGAUCUAUCAUUAAGAUGCCUUGGGGCAAAAAACCAAACGGUAAAUUGCAUCGUAAAUUCAAUUCUCCAACAAUUUAUGAAGGAAGGAGUAAAGCUGAACUUCAAUUCGAGCAAAGCAUAGAAAAUAUGGUGGAUGAUGAAUAUUAUAAUUUCACUCAUGUAAAAUCGAGUUACAAAUUUCUUGGUUGCAAAUUCAGCAUCAAAUAUAGAUUCAUUAUAACGAGACACACGUAUACACAAAGUAAAUUCUUUGUGUACGCACAUACUGAAUGUGAUAAGUGUCUGGUGCUAUCUAAAAUGAUCCAAACCAUAUGCCACAGGCUCUGCAUCAAUCAAGCUAGAACUCUCGACAUAGAUUUAAAGAAUGUCGUCAAAAAAGUGGGUAGACAUGGCAUGAUUGUCAAAUCUAUAUACCUUUAUGGCAAAUUAACCCAAUCUGAACAAUAUGUUGAUGAAUUCAAGCCAAUUCCCGUCAUCAAAAUUCGAGUAUUCGGAGUUUUAAGCAUUCUCAUCAGAAAAUUCUUAUUCUACAACUUGGUCAUAGUCUCAGGACUUUUCCACUUUGUUGUAAACUCAGUCAUCACGUUUGCUAGAGGUAUUCGUAUGAACUAUGCCCUAGUAUUUAUAUUACUACUUUCUACGUUAUUCAAUUUUUUCUUGGUUGGAAAAACAUCCUACUCAUACUGGAUAGUUCGGAGUGCUAACAAGUUGGCCGACGAACAUUUGCAUUCUAAACCUAUGAUGUUACAGCGUGCAAUUUACCUCCGUGAUACUUCUGAUUUGCUCGAAACGAUUCACACUUCCCAGCUUCAUGCAAAUUCCACUUCGUCAGCAUGCUUCGAUACAUUCAAAAACACAUCAUUUGUCUUGAAUUACGAUGGGACCACCACCUGGAAAGAAGAUUACGCGGAUGAAUCUACUAGGGAAGUUGCAAAAAGUUUGAAGAAAAGUUUUCAGGAAAUAGGUAUAAAAAGACACGAUUUAUUAGUCAAGUUAAGAAUGUUAAAUCAAAUGGAGACAGAAAUUGCAAAAGGUGAAUGGCGAAACUGGCUUAUGAGCGAGUUACAGAAAUGUGAUUACAUCAAUAAUAGUUUAUUUAAGAACAUUAAAGCUGAUGCUGAUGAAAAAACUUAUAAUGAAAUGGCUUCGGGGAUCAAUUCCGUUGAACAAUACUGCGAAUGCUGCUCGGCCGAAUUAAGUAACUUGGAUCUUUUAUAG